UUUGCCUGCACGCCACUUUACAAUACCUGAGCGAAUGGCAUCCCGACCGGCGCGACGUCUCGGGAGGCGCUCGACCGCAGGAAAUCGAGUCGAUAAAGAAGCGUCGUCUGCGGAGCGGUCGGCCGAUGUGCUGCAGUAUGUGGCGACGCGCGCCCCCUAGUGUUCACUGUAACGCCCGCCACGGUGCCGUGUGUACUACGGCCGCGACAGACGGCGAGGGGGAGGCAGAGAGCUGGGAGCUCCGGAUCCAUCUUCAUGAGCAGAGAGGCGAGAGAGAGCGAGUCCCGGCUUCACUUCUCCAAAGCGGCUGCGUCUUGCGUGAUUCGUGCCAGGGAGCCCAAGGAGGGGGCUGUGUCAGCGUCUGUAGGAUGUCCCGACAUGAAGGUGUCAGCUGUGAUGCAUGUUUAAAAGGAAACUUCAGAGGUCGCAGAUACAAGUGCUUAAUUUGCUACGACUAUGACCUUUGUGCAUCUUGUUAUGAGAGUGGAGCUACAACAACGAGACAUACAACAGAACAUCCAAUGCAGUGUAUAUUAACAAGGGUAGAUUUUGAUUUGUAUUAUGGUGGGGAAGCUUUUUCAGUAGAACAGCCACAGUCAUUUACGUGUCCUUAUUGUGGGAAAAUGGGUUAUACGGAGACAUCAUUACAAGAACAUGUUACUUCAGAACAUGCAGAAACAUCAACAGAAGUGAUAUGUCCAAUAUGUGCAGCAUUACCAGGUGGAGAUCCCAAUCAUGUCACAGAUGACUUUGCAGCCCAUCUUACACUUGAACACAGAGCUCCUAGAGAUUUAGAUGAAUCCAGUGGUGUUCGGCACGUACGUAGGAUGUUUCACCCUGGUCGGGGUUUGGGAGGACCUCGAGCACGAAGGUCAAACAUGCACUUUACUAGCAGCUCCACUGGUGGUCUCUCAUCGUCACAGAGUUCUUCAUAUUCUCCAAGCAAUAGGGAAGCAAUGGAUCCUAUAGCAGAGCUUUUAUCGCAGUUAUCAGGGGUAAGGCGCUCAGCAGGAGGACAACUAAAUUCUUCCGGGCCAUCAGCCUCCCAGUUACAGCAAUUGCAGAUGCAGUUGCAGCUGGAAAGGCAGCAGGCACAGGCAGCACGACAGCAACUUGAGUCUGCACGGAAUGCAACAAGACGAACUAAUACAAGCAAUGUCACCUCCACAGUAACGCAAUCCACAGCAACGACAAAUGUAACGACCUCAGAAAACAAUCAGCAUAAUACACAGAGUUCUCAGUUUCUCCUGACACGGUUAAAUGAUCCUAAGAUGUCGGAGGCAGAGCGGCAAUCUUUGGAAAGUGAGCGUGCAGAUCGUAGCUUAUUUGUCCAAGAGCUCCUUCUCUCCACUUUGAUGCGGGAAGAAAGUUCCUCCUCAGAUGAGGAUGAACGGGGGGAAUUUGCUGAUUUUGGUGCUAUGGGUUGUGUAGAUAUUAUGCCUUUAGAUGUUGCUUUAGAAAACCUAAAUUUAAAAGAGAGUAAUAAAGGAAAUGAGCCUCCGCCACCUCCUCUUUGAUGACAUCCCACUUCGCAGACAAUGUCCUCUGUGCUGUAACUGCCAAUGAAAGUGGACAAACAGCUAUCUUUGGGUUUGGUUUGGUGAUUGUAAUUUCAGGUCUGUCACUCUUGUUACAUUGUGUACAUUGAAAAAGGAACGAGAGAAAUAUAUAUAAAUAUAUAUAUAAAAGAUAAUCAAUUCCACUUAACUAAUUUUUACUUCUAGCAGGUAAAUGUAGGUAGCAGUUUCAGAGGCAGAAUCUGCUUCCAGGUCCUUGACAUGCAAAAAAAAAGGCUCUCCUAAUACUCCACAUUCAACCUGAAGAGGAAACAAAACAUGAUAAAAAAAUCUCUAAUGAAGCUGCUGUGUGUAUUUAUGAAUAUUAAUGAAUAAAGACUGCUUGGAUGGUUUACCUUAA